AUGGGCGGCAGCUCGAUUACAAAGGAGCGCGACUUCGACGCCCUCAAGCUGCUCGUCGACGCGGCGAAAAACGGGGGGGUCCCGCAGGAACAAGCCGAGCUCUAUGACUACAUCGUGAAAAAUACGACGGUGAAGAAGUACGCAUCGAAUAGUUAUAAGAAGAGUCUCAAAAGUUUCAUCUCCGUAAACUUCGUCCCGAAAGAUCCGGACGCGCCGCCCGCCAAAGCACGCAUCGUCGAGGACCUGUCGACGGCGACGCCCGAGGAACUGACCUACCCCUUCUCGCCAUACGUGCCGGGCGGGCCGUAUUUCACGAACGCGGCGGUCGGCGCAGACGCCGCGGAGGAGGAGGAGCUGACGCCGCAGCACGACUUCGCCGUCGAGUUCUUCCAGGGCUACCGCGAGACGGUCUCGGUGACGCGCGUGAUGGGUCGCGCGGUCGCGCGCGUGCCCGCGCCGACGCACUACGGCUCGGUGCGCGAGGGUUACAAGGACGAAAACUCUCAUCCGUUCGGCGUGAGCUUGUUCACGAGGCUGUUCAGCGUCGAGGAGCUCGGCCCCAAGGCCGCGCAGGCGAUGGCGCACGAGGACGCCCUCGUCAUCCUCAGCAUGAAGAAGGUUAGGGGCUCUCUGGUCUACGAGGGCGAGCUCGAGCGCAUCGCCGACGACGCCUUGCGCGCGCGGGUCCUCGCGGACCGGGCGGAGCUGGCCGCGAGCAAGACGCACCGGGAGAGGGUCUAUCACGGGGCUCGUCGUUUGGCAGCACCCGGCGUGGGGCCCGUCGUGCGCCGCGGGGACGGCUACCAGGUCAAGGUGCAACGCANAGGCCGCGACCACUGGGUCGACGCGACGGACGUUGACGCCAUCAACAACGCGUCCGAGCGCGCCGUCGCCGGCUUCGGGUCGACGCACCUCUCGAGGCUCCAGAACGCGGAGACGACGAAGGCUUUGAACUCCGGCGCCCUCUCCUUCCGGGAGGCGACGGACUCCUGGCGGCGCCGCGAGUCGAUCGGGACCGUGUUCCGCGCGGACGCGCUCGCGAACGUCGACGACGGCGACGACGGCGACGACGAGUGCGCGUCGGCGUCGUCGCCCGCGGGCCCCGGCGCGGCGCUCGAGCUCGCGAAGCAGUCCGCGGAGUCGCGCGGAGAUCUCGCCGCCGUGUCGCCGCCGCGGACGAGCCCCCGCGGCGCGCGCGCCGACGACGCGGCGCCGACCGUCGACGACGACGCCGCGGACGCCCCGAGCGUCGAGGCGUCCGCGAAGAGCGACGCCGCGGAGCCGGCGCAGGACGGAGAAGGCGACGCGCGGAACCCGUCGCCGACGUCGGCGAUCGACGCGCUCGCGGCGGCGCUCGUCGCCGUCGGCGUGAACCUGGACGCGGCCGGGACCGCGGAGCUCGUCCUAGGAAGUCUGGAGGCGUCCGGCUGGUCGCUCGUCUCCUCGAACGUGCCCCGCGGCCGCUGGGACGACUUGGACUUCGGCGCGUCGUCGGACGACGACGUGCGCUUCGAGAACCUGUUGCCGUUCUUGGGUGAGGGCGCGCGCCGCUGGACGGACGCGACGCUGCCAGACGAAGAAGCGGCCUGCUACGACAACCUCAUGGACUACCUGUCGUCGACAGGCGUAGACUUUAUUCGUCCGAGCUUCGCGCCGCCGGCGCCGCCGACGGAACUCUUCGGCAUCGCGCGGGGCUCGCGCGCGUCGGCCGCGCUCCUCGACGCCGAAGCGCGGCGGCGGCUUGGCUCCACGUUCGAAUUCAAGGCGCUCCUGGACAUGGUCAACGUCCUCGCCUUCGAUGAGUCCGACGUGGGCAAGCGCCUCGUCGAGCUCCGCCUCGGCCUGCGUGCAACUCAACCACUGGUUUGGGACGAGCUCAGGCCCAUGUGGUGCCUGGCUUACCUUCUCGAAGGCGAGCAGGCGACGGCCGCGGGCCUGGUGCUACGGCCCGUCACCUUCCAGCUGAGCUGGGCGGGGAUGCAGAACCUGCCCGAGAUCGUCAAGUACUACGGCUCCGCCCGCUUCGCGCGCGUCUCCGACAGCGUCCUCGACGCCACCAAGGAGCGCACCUCCGACGAGCGCGCGAACGGUUAG